AUGUCGAGCGCCAAUCAACUCUUCCUGCUCGCCGACCACAUUAAGCUCUCGCUGUUAGAGCGUCAACGGGCUAAGAAUCUUAAUCUUGAAGGCGACUCGCAAGAUGGUCACAUCUCACGAUCUUUUGACCAGUUCCGCGAUGGCCUGGCCAAUCUCCGCGAUGAGGAGCAGCGCUUGACUUUUGCCGGCGAAACAGACGCCGCUACAAGCCUCACAGAAUCCAUCACAUCGCUCCAGAAGCAACUAGACGACCUCACAACUCAAUUCCAAGGCCAACCAAACUCCAAAACUGCCGAAACCCUCACUCACCCCAACUCGGAAGAGCUCGCCGACGACUUUGAGCACGCAACCUCAACAUCUCCAGUCUCAAGGAAGCCAAAGACUGUUCGCUUCAGCGACACCCCUUCUUCGCCGUCCGCUGAGCUCUUUGGCCGUUACCGCGAUGAUCCCUCCGAUAGCGCCGGCUACCGAGACGAGGCACAGGGCAUGGACAACCAGCAGAUUCACCAGUACCACGCCCAGAUCCUAGAACAACAAGAUGAGCAGCUUGAUCGCUUGGGCGAGUCUAUCGGACGCCAGCGCGAGCUUAGCAUGCAAAUCGGCGACGAGCUCGAUAGUCACGUUGCUAUGCUCGACGAGGUUGAGGCUGUUACCGAUCGUCACCAGAGCCGACUGGAUCGUGCGAGUAGAAUGCUUGGAAAGGUCGCUCGAGGCGCAAGCGAGAACAAGCAAAUGACCACCAUCGUGGUUCUCAUCAUCAUUCUUGUCUUGCUCAUUGCUAUCCUGAAAUAA